AUGGGUAUAUUUGAACCUUACAGAGCAAUUGGAUGCAUCACAAGCGGCGUCCCAUUCUCCGUUCAGAGACUCGGCACUGAAACUUUCGUUACUGUCAGCGUCGGAAAGGCUUUCCAGAUUUUUAACAAGAUUAGUGCACUUGCUUCUUAUCGCGAAUACACUUUUGCUGCGUAUGGAAACAACAUUGCAGUUUUCAAGCGUGCGCACCAGGUUGCAACUUGGAGCAGCCAUAAUGCUAAGGUUAAGUUGCUCUUGUUGUUUGGAGAACAUAUUGUCAGUGUUGAUGUUCGCGGCAAUAUGUUCUUGUGGGCAUUUAAGGGAAUUCUAGAGAACCUUGCUCCGUCUGGGCACGUUAUGCUAGACGAGAAAUUUAGCCCCAGCUGUAUAAUGCAUCCAGAUACUUAUUUGAAUAAGGUCCUUAUUGGGAGUGAGCAAGGUCCUAUGGAGCUUUGGAACAUUAGCACAAAGAAAAAGAUUUUUGAAUUUAAAGGAUGGAAUUCACCCAUAUCCUGUUGCGUUUCAUCCCCUGCCUUAGACGUUGUUGCAAUUGGCUGUUCAGAUGGAAGGAUUCAUGUUCACAACAUUCGUUAUGAUGAAGAAUUGGUUUCAUUUACACAUUCUACACGUGGAUCAGUGACUGCCUUAUCUUUCAGCACUGAUGGGCAACCUCUUCUGGCUUCCGGAGGUUCAUCUGGUGUUAUAAGCAUAUGGAAUCUGGAAAAGAAAAGACUCCAGUCAGUUGUAAGAGAGGCUCAUGAUAGUGUGGUCACAUCAUUACAUUUCUUUGCUAAUGAACCAGUGCUAAUGAGUUCAUCAGCAGACAACUCUAUUAAAAUGUGGAUAUUUGAUACAAGUGAUGGUGAUCCUCGCCUUUUGCGCUUCCGAAGUGGUCAUAGUGCUCCUCCCCUUUGCAUAAAGUUUUAUGCCAAUGGAAGACAUAUUCUUUCUGCGGGUCAGGAUCGUGCCUUUCGUCUUUUCUCUGUAGUUCAGGAUCAACAAAGUAGGGAGCUUUCUCAACGACAUGUUUCUAAACGUGCUAAGAAACUGAAAGUGAAGGAGGAAGAAAUAAAAUUGAAGCCUGUGAUUGCAUUUGAUUGUGCCGAAAUUAGAGAACGCGAUUGGUGCAAUGUGAUUACUUGUCAUAUGGAUACUGCCCAGGCAUAUGUUUGGAGACUUCAAAAUUUUGUUCUUGGUGAACAUAUAUUGAAUCCAUGUCCUGAAAAUCCAACACCUGUAAAGGCUUGUGCUAUCAGUGCUUGUGGCAAUUUUGCCUUUCUAGGGACGGCAGGUGGUUGGAUUGAAAGGUUUAACCUUCAAUCUGGAAUUCGCAGGGGUGCUUACAUUGACAUGUCAGAAUCAAGAAGCUGUGCUCAUGAUGGUGAAGUAGUCGGAGUUGCUUGUGACUCGACAAAUACUCUCAUGAUAAGUGCAGGAUACCAAGGAGAUAUAAAGGUUUGGAAUUUCAAAGAACGUGAUCUUAAAUCCAGAUGGGAGAUUGGUUGUUCUGUUGUUAAGAUUGUUUAUCAUCGUUAUAAUGGUCUCCUGGCUACAGUAGCAAAUGAUUUAACAAUUCGAUUGUUUGACAUCGUGGCUCUUAGACUUGUUCGUAAAUUCGAAGGUCACACAGAUCGAAUAACAGAUUUGUGCUUCAGUGAGGAUGGGAAGUGGCUUGUGUCAUCUAGUAUGGAUGGAAGUCUUAGAAUUUGGGAUGUGAUCAUAGCAAGACAGAUAGAUGCAGUACAUGUUGAUGUACCUGUCACAGCAUUAUCUCUGUCCCCAAACAUGGAUAUAUUAGCAACUACCCAUGUUGAUCAAAAUGGGGUAUACCUCUGGGUAAACCAGGCAAUGUUCUCUAGUACAUCAAAUGUCGAUUCAUAUGCAAGUGGAAAAGAGAUUGUGAGUGUCAAAUUGCCAUCUAUCUCUUCUGCAGAACGUUCUCAAGAGGAGCAUUCUGAAAAGCUAGUGAAUGCAUCUCAACCCAAAGAUAAUCUGGAUUUCCCAACUCAAGAUAAGCAAAUUCCCGAGUUGGUUACACUUUCAUUGCUGCCUAAGAGCCAGUGGCAGAACUUGAUCAACUUAGACAUUAUAAAGGUUCGCAAUAAGCCUAUUGAACCUCCAAAAAAACCUGAAAAAGCUCCAUUCUUCUUGCCUUCUGUUCCAUCCCUCUCCGGGGAAAUAUUGUUCGAGUCUGAAAAGUUAUCAUUAAAGGAUAACGAUGGAACAGAUGAUGAUGGAAAACAAAUGAAGACAAGAUCAGAUAUGCCACAAUCACGUUUUCUGUAUCUUCUUCAAUGCUCUAAAGAGACAGACAAUUACGCAGCGUUCACUGAUUAUAUUAAAGGAUUAUCUCCAUCAACUCUGGAUAUGGAGCUUCGAAUGUUUCAGAUCAUUGAUGAUGAUGAUGAUCAGCAAGAAGCAGAGAAGAGAUCUGAGUUGGAAUCUAUCAAAUGGUUUCUGGAUUAUUUUAUUCAUGAGCUUUCCUGCAGAAAUAAUUUCGAGUUUAUACAAGCUGUAAUCAGGCUAUUUUUAAAGAUUCAUGGUGAGACAAUUCGACAGCAGUCAUUCUUACAAGAAAAGGCAAGGAAACUUCUAGAUAUUCAAUGCAUGGUAUGGCAAAGGGUAGAUAAAUUAUUUCAAAGUUCGAGAUGUGUGGUCGCCUUUCUUAGUAAUUCCCAAAUUUAG